AUCGUGGAAGAAACAGGAGAGACUCGAAGUUGAGACUCGGAAAAAAAAACUCCCCUACCAACUUCCCACCCGCCAUUGAAUCCGUUAUAAAGGAAUCCUGUGGGCAUCUCGAGGGGAUGCGAAGGAGGCGAGGAUGCCGGGAUUCGGGUUAGGAGUUGGAGCGGAGGAAUUGGCAGGAGAGGAGAGGAGGGAGGGGAGGAAGAAGAGGUCGGAGCAGCGGCAUUUGAGAGCGGGAGGGAGGAGGAGAGCUGUGGAGAGUCCCGAUUCCGUGAUCUUCCGCUCCUCCGAUCACCAUUCCGCCGGCAAUGGCAACGCCAGCGUCCGUAGUGCCGGCAGCCACUUAUCCUCCGCCUCCGGCAGCGCCGCCUACCGCUGCUCCUUUGGAUCCGAUCAGGACGCAGCCUUUUCCCAGCUUUCGGUCUUGCAUUUGGCGGGACGCGAGCGCUCCGGUGGCGCUGGGCCAGAUCCAGAACCUGAGAAAGGUGCCUCCUUGCCUUUCCCUUCCCCUGAUAUCCUCACCGCCCAAUCCCACAAAGAGGACCAGCGAAAGCUCUCAAGCUUUUCAGGUUUCACGGACCUAGAGGAGGACUCAGUACAGUCAGGAGAAGAAGAAGAAGAAGAAGAGCAGGAGGAAGAAGAAAGCCCAGACCCACCACAGCAUUCUUUCUCUCACGCCCUCACAGAAUGCAAGAACCGUCGGUUCAGAUCUGAAGCCGGCCCUUUCCCCGGAAGCAAGCCCCGGAGGCGUAGACCCGCCUCCCUUGACCUCGGUAAUAGCCAGGGGACCGAUGCGGCUGCCCUAUCCCCAAGGUUCUUAGUUGGUGGUUUGGGUGGAGGCAUGAAGAAGAGCUCCACCUCCUCGUCCCGCAGCAGAUCGGGCACAUUCCCUAGCCCUGGGACGCCGAACUUUCGGCAAGGUGUUGGGCCUGCAGGCUACCAGAAGGGAUGGAGCUCCGAGCGGGUGGCACUGCCGGUGAACAGCAGCCGGAGGUACGGGGGCAGUGGUGUUUUGCUGCCAUUCAACAAUGGGAGGACAUUGCCGUCGAAAUGGGAGGAUGCAGAGAAGUGGAUCUUGAGCCCUGUUUCAGGUGAUGGGAUUGGGAGGCCGUCGGUGCCACCACCUCAUCAUCGACGGCCCAAGUCGAAAAGUGGACCGCUCGGAAAUCCCGGCAAUGCUCAUAGGGUCUACUCUUCAGCCUCACCAUUGGUGCCCUGCUUCGACACUGGGAGGGCUGGAAAUUUUGUGGCAAGCUCGCCUUUUCUGGCAGGAGUUCUGAUUCCAGAACGCGGGUGUUGCGGUAGUGGCAAUGAUGGAAGAGGUUACGGAGGAGGAGGAGGUUUUGGUGGUGGGGGAGGGAGUUCUUAUUCUACCAAUACAGAGCCUUAUAUAGUGCGAUGUGCGAGCACACAAGGGUGGGUGGAUACACUGAUGGAGUCAUCUUCCUCGUUACCCAGCUCUCAUGGCAUUACACAAGGUUUGGAUGUGAAACUUGAAAGCACCAGAGAAGCAGCCACCAUGAUUUCUCCUGUAUUUUUGAGGAAGGACGUCGCGACUCAAAUGAGCCCUGAAGGAAGUACCUCCACUUCUCCAAAGAAGAGGCAUUUCUUUUCCCCAUCUCUGCAAUCUGCCCAUCCCAUUCAAGAGCUGGAAAGCCAUCUAUCAAAGUUGGAGGUAAGAGAUGUACAGGUAGAUGAUCGAGUAACUGUCACUAGGUGGUCCAAGAAACACAUAGCCCGUGGCUCUGAUAAGCGUUCAACAAACAUCAUAGAAUGGAAGAAGAAGAAGACAGCAGAGGCUAAGUCCUGGGAAGUUGCAGAUACAGGAAAAUCCAUAUCAAAGUACAAGAGAGAGGAAGCUAAGAUCACAGCAUGGGAGAAUUUGCAGAAAGCAAAAGCUGAGGCAGCGAUCAGGAAACUGGAGAUGAAACUAGAAAAGAAGAGAUCUUCGUCAAUGGAGAAGAUUUUGAACAAGCUUAGAUCAGCUCAGAGAAAAGCACAAGAGAUGCGGAGUGCAGCGACUGCGAGCCAAGCAAGCCACAUAGUGAGGCCUACAAAGAGGGUCUCGUACUUCCCCAAAACUGGCCAAAUAAGUUCAUUGAGUGGAUGCUUCACCUGUCAUGCCUUCUAGUGCUGCGCAGUUUUUCCCAUCAAUUAUCUAUUCCCUUCUCAAAGUUUGAGUUAGGUGAAGUGCUGUCAAGUUUGACAAGAUGGGAAUUGGAGAUGAUCAGAAGCCUCAAGUGCCAUGUUUGUUUCUGUAUCAUAUGUCAUUUUUUUAUUUUAUUUUUUAUAUGACCAUCAGGUAUAUUCGAAAGUUAUUUUCUUUUUAUGCUGUUAAGUUGAAUAUGCACGGUAAUGCUAAUAAAUUGGUCUUGUGCUAGUGGAUUGCAAAUAAUAACCCUUAGCAUAAGAUUAAAAAAUUUAAAACUCUGCAAGAUGUUGCAGGGUCUGCUUAUGUUUGCCACAUGACGCAUGUCAGGACAGCAAGGCAUUAUGUAUUUGCGUGAUCCUUUUUCUGGAUAUUCUUAUACUGGGGAAAUGAAAUAAGCUGCAGUAUUUUCUACCAAAACAUGAUCAAGUGAAUCCAUCAAAAACACCUCAAAAAGUAUGGUGCUUUUUGUUAUACCAUAUUUGGUUCUUUGCCGAUGUGUCCAAUUUUGAAGGUGUGACGGACACAUGGCAUCGUGACCUAGAGGUUUAAAGUACAUGAUUUGAGCGAUCUCAUGUGACUUGUUCAGUAUCACAGACAUCGGUACCUAGUUGAUCACCACACGAGAUUAGUAACAUAACGAUGUUUAUGUUGUCGGAUUCUCUUCAAUUUCAUACCACUUCCAUCUGGACUCCUUAUAAAUCAUCCUUUAGAUCGGAUGCUCUCAGGAGCACAUAGCGAAUGGAUCUCAUUAAGUUGGCAUUUUGCUGCAUGGAUCCACGAUCCCUCCAAAUGUGGGUGGCAAGUCUUGUGGCAAGUUUGUUGACACCUACUCUUUUAGUUCUGAGAGUCACUAUUCUGACUCCGAUGGUGUCCAUUAUGGCUCUGACAGUCACGAUCCUGACAUCGAUGAAAAUUAAUGGG